CGUCUCAUUGCGUGUACACCAAAAGGACGUUGUGUCCGAUCAGCUCAAACAGGCACUGGUAGGCGUGCAGGAUGGGUUGACGUGCAUUGCAAGCGAUCGGGAUGUGUUCGGAACUCACCUGACAACGGACAUGUUCUGUGGUAUGGGCCAGAAUGGUGCAAGCGCAUGCAAUGGAGAUAGCGGUGGAGGAAUGUUCUUCGAAGUCGGUGGAAAAUGGUACGUCAGGGGCCUGGUGUCUUUCACGCCCCUAAAUGCCAACACCAAACCGUGCGAUCCGCGUAAGAACACCGCCUAUACUGACGUGGCAAAAUACUUGGAUUGGAUUAAACAGUACAUUGAUCAGCGUGUGCUUUCGUUCGAGAAUGAUGUGCUGCAUGUAGACUACGAGGAAAAGCUAAGGCUGUUCAACUUUGAAACGUGCGGUGUGAAAUCAUAUUCUACAGGUAACAAUGUAUUGAGUUGGACACUGCCAUGGCUUGGGUUUGUUAAAACUCCGAACACCAUCGAUGCUAGAUGUACAAUUACUCUCAUUAGCGACUGGUAUGCGGUUGGACCUGCACAUUGUUUAGAUAACGUCGGUUCCGAAGCGUUUAUCGUGCUCGGUAGCUUGUCAGAAUAUUCGAAGGAUGAAUGCUUCGUUCCCAAUGGGACGACCAUAUGUACUCAUGCUGCACAAGUACGCGGAAUGCAACGAAUCAUACUACACCCAAAGUUCGACAGGAGACAUAUGCUAACAACAUCGCACUGAUCGAGUUGCUGAGUCCAGCAGACACUACACAGUCUUAUGUGCAGCCUAUCUGUAUGCCCGUAACGUCUGAGCUUCGAUCGAACGCCAAGACUAACUUGCACGUAGCUGCAUUCUUGAAAGAUGAGCUGACGUACACAACUUUACUCGUGAGGUACAUCGAGUCUGUCGAUUGUGUGACACGGUACUCCGAACGACAAAUUAGGCUUAAUCUUGAUAGCAACCAGUUCUGUGCAGAAAUCUCGAACAAGCAGGAAGAACAAAAUUGCCUUCCUCUGUUCGCGGGAGUACCGCUCCAGGAAAGAAGGAUAUUCAAUGGCACGGAGCGAUACUUUCUGCGGGGAGUUGAGUUCCAUGGAUCACACUGUAAAUCAGUGGUACCGUCCAUUUAUAAUGAUUUGGAAGCUUAUCUCGACUGGAUACUGUACAACAUGAGGUACAACAUGCUAGAAACGACAGGUGAUGCUAUAUUUUUUACAACCAACCAAACACUUCAGUCAGAAUGGAGCAACGUGCGGCAGCAGCCGGGAAAGGAAAAGUUGCGCUUAUUCAAUAUGGACACCUGUGGGUUAGCCAACAAAGGUGCUGAUAUCAUUCCUCAGUUGACUUUCAUUCCUUGGCACGGGCUAUUAUGGGAAAAUGAAAGUGUUAACCGCUGGUCCCCUACGAUGCGUAGUAUCGUAGUGCUCAUAAGUGAAUGGUAUGCGUUGGCCCCGAAGUUCAUUGCAGAAAACGAUGCAUCCUGGCGAAUAGUUGUUCUGGGACUGCAGCCCCACACUCUCACCAACUGUACCCCUAGCACAUGCGAACAAACACACCAACUGGUGGAAAUCAAGAAUAUUAUCCCAUCUCCAAUCAACAAUUCGAGAUAGAUGUUUGCAUUGUUGGAGUUUGUCGAGCCCGCUAAUCUAAACAUUUCAUACAUCAGACCGAUCUGUUUGCCCUUCAUGGAUCAAUUGUAUAAACAUGUACCCUCACAUAUGAUUAUGUCGUCGUAUUACAAUAACAUCCUAAGCAAAAGGAUAGCAUUGAUUGACACUCCGACCUGCCAGCAACGAUUUCUGGUUGAGAGAUUUUACUUCGAGUCUAACAAUCUAACUGUGGAGUGUGCAGUCGAGGAGGAAAUGUUCAGACAAAUGCCUUUACCUGCCACCUUGGGCAGUUUGUUACAGAUGCCAGUACGGUAUGGAGGAAAAACACAAUAUUUUUUGUACGCAAUCAAUACGGUAUAUCCGGCUAGUUUCGAUUUCUUGGUCUUUGGUCCGUACCUCUUCACGCGGUUUGAGAUGGACAACAUUGAGUGGAUCUUAGAGAAUAUGGAGGAAAAAGUUCGCCAAACUUCAUUCCUCACUACGACAGGGAAUACACGUGUGAAUUUGAAACCAGUUCAGCAUGCAUCUAGCCAGGCUUUGUACGACUUCAACACGUGCGGUGAAUCAUCUCCCAGCUACCUAACACCAUGGACGGGGGGCGUCUACUAUGAUAAGUUGGAAUUCGAAGGGGGAACCGGUUUGGUAACACUAAUAAACGAGUGGUACGCCGUUGGUCCUGCAUCUUGUUUCGAUAAUUCUAGUGCACAGUAAGUAUAGCUGUGUGGUGUGAUAAGAAAUGCUAGGCAAUAUAUCUUUUAUGUUGGUUGCAGGUUCAUUAUAGUAUUUGGAUUUUUUGGCAAGGCUAUCGAGAUAGAGUGUGAUAUGACGAAUAACACUGAAUUAUGCAAUGUUCCUCCUCAAAGUGUUACGGUCCAGAAGGUAUUCAAUCACCCACUCUAUAAUGGAACCAGAAACCAUGAUAUUGCUUUGGUUAAGCUCGCCACUCGUGUGGAUACAAGUCGUCCGAAUGUGAAGCCCAUUUGUUUACCGAUCACUGACGCAAUUCGUAGCUAUGAUGUAUCAAACCUUG